AUCAACAGGCAAACUGGGGAGUGCCAUAGAACCAAUACCAAGUUAUCUGAUUCAUGAUUUUUCAAAGGUCUUAGAAUGUCCUGCUUGAAAACUGUCUGCCCAAGUGAGGUUUUCCACAUGUCUUCCCAAACCACCAUACCCUAAAUGUUAAGUCUCUAAGGAAGAAAUUAUAUAAAAGUCCUAUGUGAUCUUAGGAAAACAGAAGGAAAGGAUGAAGUAUGGAAGAAAAAUAAUUCAGUUGUUAUUACUUUUAUUGUUUCUAUGGGCUUUGCACAGAUGGUAUCAUUUCAGCACAAAGAAACUACAGCAGAUAUACCAGUGCUGGUCUGUGGAUACUCAGUCAAAAGAAUUAAAGCUAUCAGACUGGUUUUCUCCCAGUGAAUCCAUGAACCUGACUACCACCAACUGGUCAGCUCCAGUUGUGUGGGAUGGCACUUUUGAUAAAGAAAUAUUGGAAAAGUAUUAUGAAAAACAUAAAAUUACUGUGGGAUUGACUGUAUUUGCUGUAGGAAGAUACAUUGACCACUAUUUGAAGAAAUUUAUGUUCUCUGCAGAUAAGUUUUUCAUGGUUGGCCAUAAAGUCAUAAUUUAUGUCCUGAUAGAUGACUUCUCCAGAAUGCCUUGGAUACAGCUGAGUCGCCUCCGUUCGAUCAAAGUGUUUAAAAUCAAGCGAGAGAAGCGAUGGCAAGAUAUCAGUAUGAUGCGCAUGAAGUCUAUCAGUGAACACGUUGAAGACCAUAUCCAAUAUGAAGUUGAUUUUCUCUUCUGCAUGGACGUGGAUCAAGUUUUCAUCAGGAAGUAUGGAUUGGAGACUCUGGGGCAGUCAGUAGCUCAGCUACAUGCUUACUGGUAUAAGGAAGACCCUAUAGGAGUGCCAUAUGAAAGAAGUAAGUUAUCAGAAGCAUAUAUACCUUUUGGUAUGGGAGAUUUUUAUUACCAUGCUGCUGUAUUUGGUGGCACGCCCAUUCAAGUUCUCAAUAUUGCCAGGGAGUGCUUAAAAGGAAUCAUGAACGACAAGAAAAACAGCAUUGAAGCAGUUUGGCAUGAUGAAAGUCACUUAAACAAGUAUUUCUUUCUCCACAAACCCACUAAAGUCUUAUCACCGGAAUAUUGCUGGGCUUUUUCUAAAGCGGAUGUUCCUUUUAUUCACAACAUCAAACUCUACUGGGCUAAAAAGGAUUAUAAAAAUCUUAGGGUCACAGUGUAAUUAUAUAGCACUUCCUUCAGGUUGCUGAAGUUAAGAGCAUCAUCAUGUCUUAUUCCUGAGGAAAUUAGCACUUGACAAAUUUUAGCACUAAAAAAAAAAUUCACUAACAAAAAUGGCAAGGCCACCCACACAGUAUACUCAUACUUUUCCUCAUAUUCAUUUCGGAUUGUAUAAAAGCGGACAUAGCAGUUGCAGAAUGGACAUACUGACAUUGGAAGGAGAUACAGUGACUUUGUAUCCUGUGUGAGUGUUGAGGAAAUACUAUUUGUUGGACCACAUUGAACAAAAGAGAAUCUCUCACCAGAAAAUCAAACCUGAAAUAUUUUUGUUGAUCCAUGCGGAUACACACUUCUCAUAUUGCUUAAGAAAGGGGAUUGUCUAGAGGUGUGGAUAAGAAGUGAAUGCAAGAAUAGUACAUUCUUUAAGUACAACAUUAAAAAUGUUAAAGUCAUCACCAGAUGGACAGACCAUUACUUAGGAAACUCUAAGUCAUUCAAAGAUUUUUUGAAUUUUUAGUUUUAAAACUACAAAGUUGUUUGUUAUAAAAACUAACUGAAAAUAAACAAGAUACA